AUGGAUCUGGAUUUCGAGCUCUUCAGAGGCGUAUCAGUCCAGUUGCAUGACCUCAACAAUGCCAAUAACACUGUGGAGGAAUUGGCUGCUCUGCCUGGUAUCAAAAGACACUGGCCCAUUACCUUGAACCACGUCCCCGAUGCCCAGAUUCACUGGACGGGGAGCUCGGACGGAGGGAACUAUCUUCAGGCUCGCGACGGCUCAAUGGCGACGGGCAAUUUUUCGCCUCACGUAAUGACGCAAAUCGACAGGCUGCACGCCAAAGGAUACACCGGCAAGGGUGUCCAUAUUGCCGUCAUUGACACUGGAAUUGACUACAAGCACCCUAGCUUGGGCGGAUGUUUUGGAAAAAGAUGUUUGGUCACAACAGGGUUCGACUUUGUUGGCGACAACUACGACGGAACGAACACAAAGGCCCCGGACAACGAUCCCAUGGACUGCCAAGGGCACGGCUCUCACGUUGCUGGCAUCAUUGCUGCGACCGAUAAGCGAUUCGGUUUCACGGGCGGUGCGCCGGGAGCAACUCUGGGCGCCUAUCGUAUCUUUGGCUGCUCCGGCUCCGUCUCGUCUGACGUGAUCAUUGCAGCAAUCAACCGAGCUUACCAGGACAAGGCCGACAUCGUCACGCUGUCCAUUGGAGGCGCGAGCGGUUGGAAGCAAAACGCGUGGGCCGUCGCGGCCAGCCGCAUCGUAGACAAGGGUGUCAUUGUCACCAUGUCUGCGGGCAACGCAGGCUCGAUGGGCAUCUUCUACGCAGGCACGGGCUCCUCGGGCUCAGGCGUGGCCUCGGUUGCCUCGUACAACAAUGUACGCACGCCUACGUUGGUGCACCACGGCAAGGUCACCGUGGGCGGCAACAAGCCUCGAGAGUUUCGCUAUGUUCCCGGGAACCCCAACAAGCUCCACACGAUGUCUGUCUGGGUCGACACCACGAACACAUCGGUGGCCGCGGACUUGUGUUCCCCUCUCCCUGCCGGCACGCCUGACUUGAGCAGGUACGUGGUCCUAAUUCGCCGAGGCACGUGUGCCUUCAGUGACAAGAUCCUCAACGCCGCCGCCAAGGGAGCCCGGCACGUCAUGUUCUACAACUCGGUCGACUCCCAUCCCACGUAUCUGAAUCUCAAGAAGGCGGUCCCCGGAAGCAUCCAGGGGAUCGGUUUCGUCGACAAGAAGACGGGCGAGGCCUGGGUCGAACAGCUCGAGGCAGGCAACAAGGUCACGCUGGCCUUUGGCCCCCGGCCAGACACAAAGUUCACCGUCGCCAACGUCGACAAUCCCACGUCCGGCGGCGCCGUCAGCAACUUUUCCACCUGGGGCCCGACGUGGACCAUGGACGUCAAACCGCAGUUUGGCGCCCCCGGGAGCAACAUCCUCUCCACCUACCCCCGGGCAAAGGGCAAUUACGCCGUGCUCAGCGGCACGUCCAUGGCCUGCCCGCUGACGGCCGCCAUCUACGCCCUCCUCGCCGAGGUCCGCGGCACCAAGGACCCCGUGCUGCUCCAGAAUCUGCUGUCGGCCAGCGCCAAGCCGCAGGUGUUCAACGACGGCGACGGCUUCCACGACAGGCUCGCGCCGGUUGCCCAGCAGGGCGCGGGCCUGGUCCAAGCCCACGCGGCGGCCUUUGCCACGACGCUCCUGGAGCCCGCGAGCCUCUCCUUCAACGAGACCGCGUACUUUGACGGCAGGCGGAACUUUACCCUCACCAACCACGGCGACAGCACGGUCACCUACAACAUCUCCUACGUGGCCGCCCUGACGGCCGUCACUCUUCAGCAAGACGCCAGGUCCGUCGGCCGCUUCCCCGGCGAGCUCCGCAGCGCCUCGGCAGACCUGCGCUUCAGCCAGAGCAGGCUCGCCCUCGGCAGGGGCGAAAAGGCCACCAUCGACGUCCUCGCCACGCACCCCGACCACCUGGACGCGUCCCGCCUCCCCCUGUGGUCCGGGUACGUGCGCGUCAACGGCACGGACGGCACGUCCCUGUCGCUGCCGUACCAGGGCCUCGCCGGCUCGCUCCGCGGGCACCGCGUCAUCGGCCCCGGCGCGGCCAGCAUAGCCCGCGGCGGCGACCAGGGGCUGCGGCCCGUGCCCGCCCACGCCGGCUUCAGGAUCCCCCGCCGCGGGCCGGGCGACCCGGCCAGGUACACCAUCACCGCCGCCGCCGCCGGCGUCCUUCCGGCCAUCGUCUUCGAGCCCCUCCUCGGCAGCCGCCUCGUGCAGCUGCACGUCGCGCCCGUCUCGGCCAACGGGACCACCGCCCGGCCAGUCGGCCAGGUGAAGGGGUCUCCCGCCGAGUACGUCCCCCGCGGGAGGCAGUCGCGCCCCUGGGACGGCCAGCUCGACAACGCAACCUACGUGCCCGCCGGGGAAUACAGGAUCCUGGUCAGGAUGCUGAGGCUGUACGGCGACGAAAACGACCCCAAGCACUGGGACGAGAGUGCCACGCAGCCGUUUGCCAUCAGGUACGCCUAG